UCCGUAGCCAAUGGCCGGCAGGCACCCGGCUAGACGCCCCACCCCCGCCCCCGGGCACCUGCGGAAGGGUGGUCGGCAGGGAUCCCUGCGGAGGUGAAGGGACUGCGGGAUAGGCGGGAAGGCCCGGAGCUCCGGACAGGUCGCAGCUGCGUGGGGGGGCCCUAUGAGCCUGGCAGCCUGUGAAUGUCCUCCUGGCCCAGGCCCGGAGCCAGAGCCCUGUUCACGGGCACGCUCCCAGGCCGGCAUGUACCUGGAACAGAUCCGUAGCCGGGUCACUGCGGGGACACCUGACACGACCAAGCGGGACUACCUGGUGGAUGCAGCCGCGCAGAUCCACCUGGCGCUGGAGCGGGAUGUGAGCGAGGACUACGAGGCGGCCUUCAACCACUACCAGAACGGUGUGGACAUGCUGCUCCGCGGUGCACAUGUUGACCCCAACAAGGAGAGGUGUGAAGCUGUGAAGCUGAAGGUUGCCAAGUACCUACGGAGGGCAGAGGAGAUCUUUAACUGCCACCUGCAGCGGACGCUGGGCACUGGAGCUUGCCUCAACACGGGUUUCAGCAGCCUGAGGCUCCGGCCCAUCCGCACACUGAGCUCUGCUCUGGAGCAGCUGAGGGGAUGCCGGGUCAUUGGGAUCAUCAAGAAGGUGCAGUUGGUCCAGGACCCAGCAACCGGAGGAACCUUCGUUGUGAAGAGCCUUCCCAGGUGUCACACAGUGAGCCGGGAGCGGCUCACCAUCAUCCCACACGGAAUCCCGCACAUGACUAAACUCUUGCGGUACUUCGUGAGUGAGGACUCCAUCUUCUUGCACCUGGAGCAUGUGCAAGGAGGCACUCUUUGGUCACAUCUACUCUCCCAGGCCCACUUGCAAUAUUCUGGGCUCAAGUCUGGCUCUGCCCAGGAGAAGCCAAUACCUCAGUCCAACACCCACCUCAGCCUCGUGACCCCGGCGAAGCUCCCAGCAUGCCACACCCUCGGGCAGAACAGAAUCCCAGUGGAGCCUCCGUGGACUUCUCAGAGCCUUCCCCCAGCCAAGGAGAUCCCGUCCCUCCAGCUUCAGAAAGAGGUUGACGGCCAAUCUUCAGCCAGAACCAGUGCUUCCUGCUCUUCAGCCCCCACACAGGCCCCGUGUGGCCACUUCCGCAGCCAAGUCAGGCGAGCCGGCCAGAGUUCAAACCCUGCACCCACUCGGAGGCUUCACUGGGUACGAGAAGGGGCUGACCGGGUGCUAGGGGCCUAUGGCCGAGGAGGCAGAGGUCAGAACCCCCCAUCAGCAAACAGGGCCGGCCGGGGGAGUGGACAAGCCGCUUGGAGCCUGAGGGAGGACCAGGUGAAGCAGUGGGCGGCUGAGAUUCUGCUGGCCCUGGAGGCAUUGCAUGAGCAGGGGGUGCUGUGCCGGGACCUCAACCCACAGAACCUGCUUCUGGACCAGGCAGAAGGUCACAUCCAACUUACGUAUUUUGGCCAGUGGUCAGAAGUGGAACCCAAGUGCAGCCAGGAGGCUGUGGACUGCCUGUACAGUGCUCCAGAGGUUGGCGGCAUUUCCGAGCUGACUGAAGCCUGUGACUGGUGGAGCUAUGGGUCACUUCUGUAUGAGUUGCUCACUGGAACGGCACUGUCCCAGAACCACCCCUCAGGAUUCCAGGCCCACACCCAACUCCAGCUGCCUGAGUGGCUCAGUCGCCCAGCGGCCUCUCUGCUGACUGAGCUGUUGCAGUUUGAUCCCCAAAGGCGCCUAGGUGCUGGAGGUGGUGGUACCAGCAAACUCAAGUCCCACCCCUUUUUCAGUACUAUCCAAUGGAGCCGACUAAUGGGGUAAGAGGUCGGUAAGUGGACAAAAAAAUCUGGCCUGGUUCUCUCGGCUGUCUGCCACCUGGGCUGGUCCUUCUCACCAUGAACUCCAGGGGAAGAACGUGGGGCAGCGACCUGUGGCAGCACCCUGAUCAGAACCUGCUUGGGCCUCUGACUGAUGACUGCUACUGUCCUCAAAACCAAACCAAACCCAGCGCCUGGAGAAGCCGCUAGAGGGGCAAUGAGCUGCACCCUGAUGAGCAGCCAAACUCACCAGUCCACAGACAUCUGUUGAACACAUGCCCUGUACCUUUAGCUGGGACCUGUCACGUUAAAGGGCGCCUUCUGUCGCUCCAGUUCCAAACAGCUGAACAGCUGCUGAGCUAACUGACAGGUCUGGUGACACUGCCAUGUUGUAUACCACUUAAACAUCUCAGGACACUGGACCCCUGGCUCAGUAGACCCGAACCAAGACUGGCCUGGGUCUACUUCAGUCUGCAGGGUGAAGUGGGCAGGUGCGUGUGUGGCAGGGGUGGUAUGACCACUCCCCACUCCUGAUCCUUAACUUUUGGUUUCUGACUUCAGAGAAUAAAACUGAGGGGGAGAAGCCAGUGUUAAGAGUGAGUAAGGAAGCACUUUUAACCAUGUAGCCGGAGUCUGAAAACAGAAAUAAAGAGCUUUAUUCUCUGG